AUGAUGUCUGCAGAAGAAACCAUGAAAGCGCUACGCGAGCUUGCGCCAGAGGAUUAUAACAUGACACAAUAUCUCACCACAAAUGCCGAAACAUCUCAGCCUCUGCCCUUUGAGGUCGAUGACGGUUUUGCGGAGUACACCAGAGCGAACUGUUACGAUAAAAGACGAAGCGUGGUGAAAAACUUCGUUCAAGAAGUGGAGAUUGACGAGCUGAAACAACGAAUUUCAGCACAUGGAGAGAUGAUAGAAAAUAUCAAUUCUGACCCAGAAUUAAACUCCAAUCAUAGAUUUUAUGCGUUUUUUGAUGAUGGAAAAACGAGACAGAUUUGCCGAGUUUUGGAACAAAGAACUGUGAUCUCGCAGGGACGUAAAACAUCCUUCGAACCAAUUCACUUCACCUCGACCGAUAUUCACUUUUAUCAACACAUGGGUUUUGCGUGUUCUGAACUCUGUGGAUGUGAAGGAAAAUGCACCAAUAGUGUUUUGAUGAUUCCAAACAAACGCUUGUUCCCCAUUGAAAUGUUCAGAAGCAACGAGAAGCUCGGAUUCGGUGUUCGUUCGAGUGUUCUUAUUCCUGCCGGAACUCCAGUCACUGAAUUCGUCGGAGAGAUUAUCGGGGAGCAGAUUGAUAUCGAGAACACAAAUUGGAACAACAUUGAAUACGCGUAUCAAGUCACCUAUGUGAAAGAUGAUGUUUUGAAGCAGCUCGUGGAUCAGACAAACUUCUCGAAAAAUUACAAAGGUCUCCUCAAGGAUUUAUAUGCUAACAUUUCAUAUUACUUGGAUCCGACAGUUUGUGGAAAUUAUGCACGCAUGGCAAGUCACAGUUGUGCUGCCAACAUGGAUUUGGUUCGGAUCUUUCAAAAAAGUCUUUCUCCCGCCCAUAUUCAUCUUGUGAUGGUGGCAGUAACCGAUAUCUUCCCUGGUACGCCGUACUCCAAAACGUUCUAA